AUGCCCUUUCAAGAGUUUGUCAAUAGCGGGUUUGGACUAUGGACUCCUGACUGCACCCAUGUAAACAGAGUCAGGAAGCAGAGGCGAGAAUUCGAGUCGGUAUUGAGCCAACAAAGCGUCAAUUCUGAAGAACGAGAGUCAAACGAACUACGAGGGCACGACGAAGUCGGCGAGGAUCGGGACCUUGAAGACAUGGCAUUGUCGUUGGUUGAAAACAGAAAUGAUCUACUUAAGCACUUGGCGAAGACCGUGGAAGCAAUGAAAAAACUGGAAGCUGAGAACGAAAAAACCCGAUCAGAGAAUGAUAGAAUCCGAGCAGAGAAUGAUCAAUUGAAAACUGAAAACGAAAAGUGGAAGUCUCAUGUCGAGAGCAUGAUUACAGACACUCGAGUGUCGCUGGAAGAAAUCAGGAGACAGGCAGGUGAAACUGUACGGCUCCAGAAGGAGAACGAAAAAUUAAGGAACGAAAACACUUACCGUCAUCUAAUAAUGCAACAGAUGAAGAAACGAUCGGAAAUGGAAGCCAAGACAGCCAAGACAGCCAAGAAGAACACAUCAGUCUUCGAUAUGUUCGGUCCAUGUGGAUAG